AUGGUCUACCAGAAAAUAUGGAACUAUGGAACUAUGGAAAUAUGGAAUAUGGAAAAUAUGGAAAUAUGUUCGAUGGUUUCAGUUACUAUACAAGAAGAAGAAUCCGAAAAGGAGUAUGAAGUAGUUGGACGUUUUCCAUUAGUGGGCCCUUGGUGGACAGUUAACGUUAAAGUUAAGAAAAUGGGGUCGAAGUACUUUGUGCAAGGAUAUCCAUCAUAUUUUCUGCGGACUGAUAUAGAGGAAAGCAACCAACAAGUCUUUUCACUCUUUCUUAAGGAAUGUGGUGUUCCUGAUUUUUUAAAGCAAGAGUUUUUUACUUGGCUUCCUAGGCAGCCUAUGCUGAGUUUUAGAAAACUUGAAGAAAAACUAAAACAGUUCCAAGUUUCAUACUUAGAGAAAGGGAAGAAACAAGGAGACACCAAGGAUUUUGAUAUCUUUCAGUAUGUUUUGAAAUCUUUUGCAGGAAAGGCAGUAUUGGUAGCUAUGAAUUUUCCAAUGGUCAUGGAGUUCUUGCCAGUUCUUCUGCCACGCCAUUUUUGCUGUCUUUUGGAGGAAGUAUGUUGGCAAAAAGAUACUGAAAAUAACAAUGAUGCAGAUGGUGAGAAAGAACAUUUCCAAGAUGACAGGCUAACAGAAUUGAAUGAGAUAUUAAAGAAUGAGCCAUGGAAACUUGGAUUCAGCAAGAUUACCUAUAGGGAACUGAACCUUUCUUAUUGUGAAGCAACAUGGGCAGCCUUCCAUCAGUGCAAACGUCUCCUCUGGAAGAUUCCCGAAUUGCAGAAGAAUGCAUUAAUUCUGUAUGAUCGGCUCAAGAAACAAUGUAGAGAAAUGGGACAUACUUAUGAAGAUCAAGAUGAAUUAACUCGUUUUGUGUCUAAAGAUAUGUCUAUUGAGCAUGCUUGGCAAUCUCUUGAAUUUUUGAAAGAUCAGCAUAUAGUGAUUAGGGAGAAAAAAAUGGUGUUUCUGCCUCAUCUUUACUACUCUGAAAAAGACAUUGCAAUGUAUGUCGGUGACCUUUUAUCAAACCACACGUGGCAACUAGAUGUUGAUGUGCGACAGAUACUUAGUGUUAAUGUUUGUGAGACAUCAAGAGAAAUAACAGAUAUUAAAAGGAAUGUCACCCAGGCUCAUGAAAUGGAGCACAUGAAGGAAAAUAGUUCAGGAAAUCAUGAUUUUGAAAAUAGCUUCCUUAAAGAGGAAGUGAAGUCUACAUCUGGUACCCAAAGUAAAGCAGAGGUAGACCUAGAUCAGGUGAUUGCUAUGGAAAAGAUUUGUUCUAAUCCUGUCACAAUCAUAAGCGGAAAAGGUGGUUGUGGGAAGAGUACAAUAGUUAGCUGCCUUUUUCGUCACUUAAAGCAGGUGGAAAUAGAAGUAGAAGCUGCUUCUAAGGAUUUUGAGGGAGACCUGGAUGUGUCUGAGGAAUGGAAUACUUUUAAUCAUCACUGGGAGUCAGAAACUACUUGCACGAAAAAUCUUUUGAAUGUAUUAUUUACUGCACCUACGGGGAGGGCAGCAAGCCUUUUGAGUGAAAAAACUAGAUUUCCUGCAUAUACCCUGCAUCAGAUCAUCUAUAGUUUUAAAUCAUGGAAGCAGAGUCAGCAAGGACUGCCGUGGAAGUUUUCUACUGUGACAAUUCUGGUUGUGGAUGAAGGAAGCUUGGUGUCAGUACAUAUUCUUAGUUUAGUUUUAAAGCUCUUAUGUGAGCAUGCUCAGCUUGCCAAACUUAUUAUUCUUGGUGAUACUAGACAGCUCCCAAGCAUAGAUCCUGGUAAUAUGCUAGCUGAUAUCUUUGAGGGUCUAAAAUCCAAAGGAUUAUCUGUGGAACUGCGAACUAAUCACAGAGCUGAAUCACAACUAAUUGUAGACAAUGCAACAAGAAUCUCUCAUCGGAAGUUUCCUGAGUUUGAUGAGGUGCUAAAAGUUUCUGGUUGGAAUGAAGAACUGACAAUGCCAAGCCCUGAGAAGAAAUUCAUUUUUAUUGCUUUGCCUUCUGGUGGGGGCUGUGACAAUUUGCAGACUGCCAUAAAGACUUUACUUAAAAAAGGACCAGGACUGCAGGAUGCCAGACAAUCACAGUUCAUUGCUUUUAGAAGGCAAGACUGUGAUCUAAUAAAUGAACUUUGUUGCCAACACUAUUCCAACCAUUUGACCAGAGACCAUAAAAGACGACUUGUGUUUCAAACUGAUGACAAGAUUUGCUGCAUGCGAAAUACCUAUCUCAAGGAUCUCUUGCCAGGUCAAAGUUUCAGCAAGUAUUCUGAUCGCCAUGAAUGCAAAAGUGGAAAACCCGCCCUUGGUGUAGAGACUACUGAGGAGGGCAAACGACUUUGCAAUGGAGAUAUAUUUUUCAUAACAGAUGAUGCAGAAGUUAAUAAACAACGCUUACUGACCAUCAGCAGCACGUACGGCACCACAUUUACCGUGGUGUAUAAAGCAUUGAAGAAGCUAUGUCACAUAAAACAUGCGUGGGCCAGAACCAUUCACACGUUUCAGGGUUCUGAGGAAAAAACUGUUGUCUACGUAGUUGGGAAUCCAGGCCGUCAGCACUGGCAGCACGUGUACACGGCUGUGACCAGAGGACGCUGCCGGGUCUAUGUUAUAGCUGAAGAGUUGCACCUCAAGAAAGCAGUCACUAACAAGAACAUUCCCAGAAAAACUCGCUUACAGAAAUAUUUGAGGGAGACAAUUGCAGAAAUGAACAGCUGUCCAAAACAAGCUUGCCCUCCCCUGAAGAAGAGCUGGCAAAAUCAAGAACUUGAGACUCAGCCUGUUUCUGUAACUCAAGAUGCUCCUGACCCAUCCGAACCUGUAACUGAUUUGAUUAAACAGGAAGGGUCUGCAGUUCUUAAUGAAGAGCAGACCAAUAAUUCACAGCAGAUAAGUCCAUAUAAAAGGCAAAGAAGUCCAAGAGAGAAUUCAGAAGAUGUUAUGAAAACAUCCUUGACAACUGAACACGAUUCCCCACUUGGGUCUUCCAGACUCAAGAAUCUAACUUUGGAACAUGUAACUGCUAGGAAGCUUUUCAAAAGCUAACAAUCAGCUGUCGUCUUAAUGAAUACACUUGUUUUCUACAGCUUUAAAAUAAAGUUUCUGGAAUGGAGAAACUAGA